CUGAUGACGUCCGCCCGGAGCAGCGUUUCCUGGUUACGGUGAGGCUAAGCUAACAGCUAGUUCGCUUCUCCCGGGUUGUUGUUGUUCCUCCUCCGCUGAGUGGGGCUCCGCCUCAGUGUCUUCCCCGGCGGCCUCGGUCAGUGACACACGGACGCUCAGGUCAGACUUUCACCGUUAAUCCUCCGGGAUGUCUUUCCUGGAGAAGCCGGCCCCCGGCAGGCUGCUACUGGACGACACCGUGCCCCUGACGGCGGUGAUCGAAGCCAGCCAGAACCUGCAGUCCCACACGGAGUACAUCAUCCGAGUCCAGAGGGGCGUGUCUUCAGACAACAGCUGGCAGGUGAUUCGCCGCUACAGUGACUUUGAUGUUCUCAACAGCAGCCUGAUGGUGUGUGGCAUCAGUCUCCCUCUUCCCCCUAAGAAGCUGAUCGGAAACAUGGACAGGGAGUUCAUAGCAGAGAGGCAGAGGGGACUGCAGACCUAUCUGGACUCCAUUACCCAACAUCCCCUGCUCUGCAGCUCCCUGCCUGUCAAAAAGUUCCUGGACCCCAACAACUACUGUGCAAACUACACAGAGAUCGCCCUGCAGCAGGUUUCCAUGUUCUUCAGGUCCGACCUGAAGUGGGAAGUCCUGGAGCCUCUCAGAGACAUCGGCUGGAGAAUCAGGAAGAAAUAUUUUCUAAUCAAAAACAAAGAGCAGCCCAAAGAGAGGUACCUGCUGAGCUGGGUGGACCUGGGUCCUGAUAAGUUCCUGUCUGACAAAGACCUGCAGUCAGCAAUGAAGCUACUAACCAGCCUCUCUACUCCGUAUCUUUGUCCGCUGUUGUUCUCCAGCACCAGUGAGUCUUCAGCUCUGCUCAUCCGGCCGUUCAGUGAGAGAGGCUCUCUGAGAGACCACAUCUGUAAGGUGAAGCCCAGAGAGAGUUACCUGAAGAAGUACUGUAACCCGAAGAAGAGCCAAGGCCUCGAACUGUCGCAGAUCAAACUGUACGGCCGUCAGAUCCUUGAGGGCCUGAAGCUCCUCCAUGAUGGUGGCAUGUUUUACGGUCACCUGCAUGCAUCCAACGUCAUUGUGGACGACGGCGUGUGCCGACUGAUUGACGUGGAGAACGGCAUGCUGGGAGUUCCCUCAGUGCUACGGCCCAGCUUCACCCAGCUCAGGAAAAUCAACACAACAGAGAGUAUCGACAUCUUCUGCUUCGGACACUUACUGUACGAGAUGACGUACGGCCGACCGCCAGACAGCAUCCCCGUUGAUCAAUACCCCACUGUCCCCUACACAGCUGUGGUGUCAGUGCUGCAGUCCAUCCUGUCCACAGAAGCCUGUAAGAGCGGGAUGCCGACAGUGUCGCAGCUCAUCCAGACACCGCUGUUCAGUGACGUCCACCUCCAACACUCAGAAAAACUCCAGAUCAAGGUUCCCAGCAGGCUAAAGGAGGCGCUGAAGACGGCGAAGGAGAGUCUGGAAAAGAGAUUGCAGGAGGAGCAGAGAGUGCUCCAUCAGCACAGGAGGCUGACCAGAGCUCAGUCUCACCACGGCUCAGAGGAAGAGAGGAAGAGGAGGAAGAUUCUGGCGAGGAAGAAGUCCAGACAGUCAGCUUAUGAAAAUGAAGAAGACGUCUCUGUCAGAAACAACAAUAACUCUGGGUCUGGAGCCAGUUCUCCUCCCACAUGCCCCUCCUCCCCCACUCCCCCAUCUACAGCAGGAGCCCAGACUGCUCCUCUCCCUCCUCCUCCUCCUCCGCCCCCUCCUAUGCUGGACUCCUCGUCCUGUCCUCCUCCUCCUCUGUCCUCCUCUGAUGGAGCAGGGGGAGGUCGUGCCGCCCUGCUGAGCUCCAUCCAGUCCUUCAGUAAGGGCAAACUGAAGAAGGCCGAGACCACCGACCGCAGCAAACCUGUCAUCUGACCCCCGCCCACCGCCGCAAAAACCCCCGUCCUUGACCUGGAAACCAUCAUCGCAGCAACACAACGGCCCACUGUGGUUCUGGACUGUGGUCUGGACCGGUUCUUGUCGCCGCUCCCUGAGAUGUGAAAACAAAUCACUAACAAAAAACAAACAAAAAAAUCCAAGUACCAUUUUAGUUUUUAUCUCUGUCUCUGCUUUCUCCUGCUUUUAGUUUUUUUUUAAUCAGUUGCUGUGGUUAGAAAGAGAAGAAGACAGGCGACGGGAAUAAUGGCCGCCUCAGUCUGCCCUUUAAAAAACUCAUGACAAUCCAGGCACCUGAAGGUUUGUCUUUUCUGACACCAAGCUCCAGUUAUAAACUCAGAGUCUAGUGGGCUUUUCUGGUGGCCAGCGGCUUCUUUUCUCUUCUUUAGGCGGUUGAACGUUUGGGAUUUCAAAUUCUGCGGAUGCUUGAUCCCGCUGGACGACAAACUUUAAUUUCCUGGAUCCAAAACUCUUAAAGUCAGUGCUUUGACACUGUCAUGGCGCUGUAUGGUCCUGAACCUGGAGCAGUAGAAAAACUGGCCCAAACUCCUGCUUUUCCUCUUUGAAAUCAUCUUGGACCUUUUGACAUGUAGCCUCCAGGCUCUGCUGCUCUGUCUCUGCAGAGCUGCAUUGCUAAAAAAAAAUCAUCAUCAUCAAGUCAUUUGUCUGUAAUUACAUCCCAAAAACAUAAUUUCCUAAAACAAGUGAAAAAAUCUGCCAUUGCACUGCACCAUAUUUUAAAAGGAAUCACUCAUCUGCAUCUUGAAACAAAAAAAAAAAAAAAAAAAAGCUGGACCGCUAUAUUUGAAGCAAGAAAAAUGAAACUUUAUCUUAGAAAAUCCUCGUUUUUAAGUUGAUUUGCUCUGGAAACAAGUUGAAACAAGAUUAAUUUUCACUUGUUUAUAAGAGAAUGAGACUCAAAUUACAGACAAAAAUGACUUAAUAUGAAGGACGUUUGUUUGAAACACAAACCACAGUGAGGGUGGGAUCACACCUGCUGUUGAUUUUGUUCGGUCUGAACCAGUGAGAGACUUUAAUUUGACUUUGCUGCAGAUUGUGUGAUUGGUUCAUCAGUUAGAGACUCUGGAGACGACUGUAGUUAAAAUCAUGACAUUGGUCUCUUCCUCUUCUCUUCCCAUUCACAAACACAUUCAGCUCAGAUGUGCAAGAGGCAUCAUUUCACACAAGGUAGAAAGCAAAAUGAAGGGCAGCACGUGUCCACACAAGUUAACAUCUACAACAAAAUGCAUUUCCAUCCAACUUUUUUGUGCACUUUCAAUAUGCAGUUUUAUGCUUGAAAAGUUGGUCUAUCAGUAAAAACAAAAUGUGCUUCGAACAGAUGUAGCAAACAAAUCCUGAAUAAAUCCUUAAAUUAAGAAAUGACACAGAGAUGUCAUAUUUCCAUCAUGUUUUCCACUUGUUUCUCUUGAGGUUUGACACCGUAUUGAAGCAUUAGUGCCACCAACUGUCAACAAUGUAUGAGUGCACUAAACUCCUAAUAUUCAGAUAGUGGUAGUGGAUGGAAAUGCACAUUUAUUCCCUUUUUUGUGCCAAAUGUUGUUGAAAUUUGAGCUACAUUUGGAUGGAAGCUAUGUUCAGGUUCAUUUCAGUUGACUUUUGGCUGCUAAACGUGGCAGAAAAUAAGUGUAGUGUCGCACAGCUGCUCUCUUCAUUGGAAGUAAUAGCGUUGCUCUACACAGUGUCAAACUUGCACUUGUGGUGUGAACGUCCUGUCAGGCAGAGACUCUGUUUAUAUGUCUGUCUCAGAUCAGAGCACUCAGCUUUGAUUGUCCUCAGGGUCUGAAAUUAAUCUGAAAUUACUUAUUUCCCUCCACCAGCUACUAAUACGUCAAAUCACAUAGAUCUGACAUCAGUGCUGAUCAUUUUCCAACCAAUGCAGCUGCUGGUUUCAGGUAAUGUCUAUAUAAAUCAACCUGCUACAGAGAGAGUAUCCAUCACAGUCCACACUUUAGUUAAGUGAACUUUUUGUCAAUAUUUCUGUGUAAUUGUGUGUUCAUUUUAAGUUGCCUGUAAGGACUAGAAUUAGAAUUGAACUAUAACCAGGACGCACACUUUUUGGUUCUUUGACUAGUUGUUUGAUAAUUCUUGGUGAGGUAUGUUGAUGAAAAUACACCUUUUACAAACAAAAUAUAUAAGAAAAAAGCAGGAACCACAGGCACAUUAUGAUUAAAUCAAAAUUUGAUUUAAAAAAAAGAAGCUUUUUCACCCGUUGCCCAAAAUGUAAAUUUAAAACAGUCACAGAUCAUCAUGUGAUAAUAAUGUGACUCUGUAUAAAAUAAAACAAACUAUAUCUUUAAAUUAAUGGAUCUCUCUGAAGCAAGUUUUACACUUUUCAUAGAGAUGACCUGCAGUCACCAGCUGCCUGGAAAUUAGGAAAUCAGUCUUAUCUUGGUGAUCAGAGAAGUGAUGUUUGCUUUUUUUUGGUUUGUUUAUUGUGUUGAGAAACAACAUUUUUACCCUCCACAGAGCUCAGUUUAUCUUCAGUAGGGUUAAUUUCAGACCUUUAUUGUGGUGAUUCAUGAUAUUUUUAAGUGUUUUUCUUCUGUUUUAAUUCUGUUGUAUUUUAAUGUUUGUUGUUGUCACAUGGCUGAGAUUCUUUUAUUUUAUUGUGCCAUAUGGAUCCUCGUGCCUAUGGGAAUCUGAAUGUUUUGGUUUUUUUGUAAAAAUAUUGCAUGUGACAAUACAGAUACAGAUGAUUUGUCAGCAGAUCAUCUUAAUGUAUGAAGCUUUGUCUGAUGAGGAUCAUAACGCUUCAGCACACAGGAUGUUAAUUUGCAGUUACUGGCUGUAGACUUUAGGUUUAAAUAAGAAACUGACAAUUAUUUUCAUUAUUAUAUAGACACUUAAAUGUCAGAAGAUAGCGAGGCAUGUCUCUCACAGUUUUCCAGAACCAAAUGUGAUGUCUUCACAUCUUCUUUCAUCCAAACAACAAUUCAAAACCCAAAAAUAUUCAGUUUACAAUGAAAUAAAACAGAGAAAAGCAGUAAAUACUAGUUUGGUGAAGCUGGAAGGAGAGCAUGUUUGGCAUUUUUUUGGCAUUAAAAUACAAAAUAAUUUUAAUAAUAAUGCACUUUAAAAUGAUGAUUAAAAUAGUAAAGGGAAAAAAGGGAAGACAAUAAGACAAAUAAUACAAAUAUAUAAAGAACAGAAUUUAGUUCAGAGCCUGUGUGCUAAAGUGUUAACCUGUGACAGAGCAGCUGUUGUCAGGUGAAUCUCUGCGACUCUGAUCACUAUAAACCAAGUUUUAGCACUCAGAGCGUUUGUUUUACAUGACAGCUCUGUGCUGAAGUCAUUUGUUUUUAUUAUUCAGUGCAAUCCGGUCCAAUGCAAUGGUCUUCACGUCUUGAAUGGUCAUUAAAUUGUAUCCGAAUGUUUCUCUGCAGCACUUUACCCAUGAGAGGUGGAAGACAAGUCCAGAGGUGUGUUUGUGUUUAUGAAAACAAUAUGCAGAAUAAAUUGAGAAUCCCACAGGCGGCACUGGAGUGCAAGUAAGUUGGUAUGAAAAGCCACUCUCCAGUGUUCGGGUCAUUUACAGUUACCACACACUUGAUGCAUCAGAUGUUUCCAAGUUCUGUCCCACUGUCAUCUUCAAAUUGGGAAAAAAAAUCUACAUUUAUUGCAGCUGUAAAAUUCAUCAUCACUAUUGAAAUAAGAACUCCAGCAAGCCUGCUGUGAUGAAACGAUAACUGUCAACUGAAUAAACAUUUGAUUAAAAAUGGUUCAGGAA